AUGUCAAAAAGGAGUGAAGUUGAACCAACAUCAUUAUCAUCAACAACAACUUCAGAAAUAAAAAUAUUCUAUUAUAUUGAUCAUGAAGAUCUACCUUACUUAACAAAAUUAAAUGUAACUGGUUUACCACGUUUAAAAGAUUUUAAAAAUGCUCUUGGUCGUAAUUGUUCAAAAUAUAAAUUUUUCUUUGUUACAAAUGAUCCAUCUAUGGGAAAAGUUAGAGAAGAAAUUAUUAAUGAUGAAGAAAUUUUACCAGUUGAUACACAAGAUCGUAUUCUCGCUUAUCUUAUUUCCAUUGAAGAUAGUACAACAUCAAGUGAUGGUGGUUUAGGAGGAGGAAAUAAACAAUCCAAACAUCUUCAUAUUCAUCGAGAUGAUACAAUAUUAACAUCAACAACAAACAGUUCAUUUAAUAUUCAACAAGCAAGUCCUGUUGGUUCAUUACCAUGGAUUGUACAUACACAACCUGUACAAAAUACAUAUAAUAAUCCUCAACAACAAAUCUUACUUCAUCAUCAACAAUCGUUACUUAAUUCAACAACAAGUAUGAAUUCAACCAUAUCAAAUACAAAUAAUACAAUGGCUGAUAAUGAACGUUUUGGUCUUGGGCCUAAUUUAAUAGAUAAUUCUGAUAUGGCUACUAUUGCACGAGCUAUGGCUGAACCUGAUUCAGGUUUAGAUAUACGUGAUAGAAAAUGGCUUAACGUACCUAUACCAAAAUCAUUUCUUGUUGAUGAAGAACCUGAGGAUUAUGAAUCUGUUGCUGCUCCAACAAGUACUAUUGAUCAUCGUAGUGGUGAUUCAUUAUUAGCAAAGUUACGUGAAGAAGUGCAUUCAGCAAUUCAGAGAAGUAUUACUGCCAAUGAACGUGCACAAAAAUUACUUUAUAUGAAUUUAUGUCCUGAACAAGAAAAGGAAUUAUGUCAAGUGAUUGUUGAUAUUUGUGCUGAACAAGGAACAUACGAAGGUUUUUUUGGUUUACUUUCUCAAUCACUUUGUGACUCAAAACCAAAAUAUAUUCAAUAUUUUGAAGAACUUUUUCAAGAUCAAUAUGAAAUUAUAAAUAGUCUUGAAAAUGUUCAAUUACCAAAUGUUGCAAAAUUUUUUGCACAUUUACUUUUUAGUAAUUCUAUUUCCUGGGGAGUACUUGACUGCUUCCAUUCAACUGCACAAGAUACAAUAUCAUCCGCACGUGUUUAUGUCAAAGAUUUACUUUUACAAUUAGUUGAAUUUAUUAAUAAAUCAUAA